ACCGCUAAGUUGUGUGCUGGAUCUAGUGCUGUCGAUGCGGCCGAAAUUAUUUUAUGAUUUUUCUAAUUUUAAUGCCUUUUUAACAAUAGGAAAGGUAAUGGAAACAUAAUUAACUGAAAAUGCAGUCCAUAGUGGCUUAUGUGCGUACAUUACUUGGUUGGUGCGACGAUAAUCCUAUAGUCAGGACAAGCUUCAAAAGAGACAGGAACGACGAUGAUUUCUCCUCAGAUGAGGAAUCUCCCGUUUUGAAGAGAUUAAAAAAAUUGCCUAGAACAUCAUUCCCCGAUGUCAUGGAUUCCAAAGAUAUGUGGAGUGAAGAAAAACAAAACAAGAAUGUUAGGUAUAUACCAAUUCAAAUCGAAUCUGACCACCCGAGCACCUCAACGCCUAUUGAUGUAACAUCUAAGUUGGGGAGCCGGUUUCGGACGGUCCCAAUGAGGUUAACAUCAAAUGGACCUUCACCCGUUCAAAGACCCAGGAAACACACCCCAGUGAGACCUGUCACUCAACCUGUGAUAGACGAUGAGGAUGAUCAGCAAGAGGUGACAUGGGUUGAAGCUAAACCUGAAACUAAGAAGCCCUCAAAGGUUUACAUAAAUAUUGAUGAUGAAGAUGAAGACUAUGAAAAUCAAGAUGAUGAUGUGAUAUUUGUUAAAGCGGUGUCAUCACCACCACCCGUCAGACCGUAUAAAUUCUUUGUCAGUAAAAAUAACAAUGAAUCAAAUUCUAAAGACGAUGAAUAUGUUAAGUUCAUAAAAGUAGGUUCCAAGUUAAAUGAUAGAAGUUCUUUAUCUCCUAGAGCAUACACUAAGUUUAAAGCCCCGGCUGGAAUCACUAAAGUAUAUAAAAAAGCCCCCACUCCUGUACCGAGAUGGAUGCAAGCACAAACAAACCUUCAACAAUCUAGAAGUAAACUCACCAAUGGUAACGGAAAAUCUGCAAUGGCAGAAGUAUUCAAUUUAGACGAAAAAAGAAAUUAUCAGGAGCUCAUCAGGAGAGUGACUGGAAAUAUAAAACCAUCGUCGAUAGGCAAACCUUUGGAUAUCAAGAACUUGGCAGAUGAGUCCGCUGCUUUCAGAUCAACUCUCAGGUCACAGAAGAGUGCGUUAAAUGAAUUGAAACUGGUGGAACAAGGACUCAGUAGCAUUAAAGACAAUGAAUCCACUCAAGAAUAUGAUCCCAUCACGGUAGCAUCCAUCAACUCCUCCGACUCAGAAGUGGAAAUCAUCACAUCGGAUGCUUCUACAUCAUCAUCCGUCAAAAUCGAUCCCAUCAAUACACUCAAAGAUUCGUACAGAGACAGAGCCAUAACAUCCACGGACUGGCUCUCUAAACUGGACAGUAAAUAUAGGAAAAAGAGGCAGGAGACACAGGAGAAGCUGAAAGAUGCACGGCGGGAGUCAGAUAUAAUAUCUAAGGUUAACUAUGAACAAAAAUUAGCACAUCUGGAGCACAAGCUCAAGUAUGAGUUGAGCAUACCGGAGAGUCUCAUAGAGGAGGUCCAGCCCACUGUGGAGUUACCACCUCUGACGCCAGAACAAGAGAAACUAGUCAACAGAGCUCUGGGACCUGGACCACCUGGGCAGUUGCUGGUAGAGAAAUUUAACUUAAGGAUACACAGGCGGGAUCUCCAAACUCUGGCGGGUUUGAAUUGGCUCAACGACGAGGUGAUCAAUUUCUACAUGAACCUGCUGAUGCAGAGGAGCGAGGAGCGCAAGGAGCUGCCGCGGGUGUACGCCACCAACACCUUCUUCUACCCUAAGCUGAUGCAGAGCGGACAGGCGGGCCUCAGGAGGUGGACGAGGAAGGUGGACAUCUUCGGCCACGACUUGAUGGUGGUCCCGGUCCACCUUGGCGUCCACUGGUGCCUCAGUCUCAUCGACUUCCGGGAGAAGAAGAUCUCGUACCUGGACAGCAUGGGCGCGAGGAACGAGCCGUGCCUCGCCGCGCUCCUACAGUAUCUGAGGGACGAGCACCAGGACAAGAAGGGACAGGCCUUCGACGACGCGGGCUGGAAGACGGAGAACAUGAAGGACAUCCCCCAGCAGAUGAACGGCAGCGACUGCGGCAUGUUCGCGUGCACGUUCGCCGAGUUCAGCUCGCGAGGGGCGCGGUACACCUUCAGCCAGGCGCACAUGCCCUACCUGCGGAGGAAGGCCGCCCUGGAGAUCCUGCAGGCGCGUCUGCUGCUCUAGACACUGGCCGUCCGCGGGCCGUCAACUGCAUUUCCAUUCAGAAUCUACCGAGAAAGCCGGCGAGCCAGCCUCGGCGGCGACUCGUCCGCAUCACUUCUAGGAAUGUUCGGAUCUUGUAACUGUAGAUGUAUGAUUUAGGUGUACAUAGUCCCCGGGCGGGCGGGGCGGGCCGCUGCGCGCUCGCGCCCGUCGAUAUUAUAUGCGGUAGAGGAGGGAGACACGUCUCAUCGACCGAGUGCUCGGGAUUGUAAAUAUUAUCUAAGUGUAUAGUGUGAGGAGCGUCUGAAGUGUUCCGGGUUAUUUAUCAUUGAAUACGUUUAUUUGUCGCCGUCUGCGCGGAGAGUCCUCGGCCUCGUCCGAUGUCACAUUAUUUUUGUAUUGCGCUAGGUCGCGUCUCUUCUGACUUGGUGUAUAAAAAAAUUAAUCUCAGUUCAUUUUUUCUAAAUGAUGAAAUAAAAGAGUAUCAAGCA